AUGAAUCCAAGAUUUACUCACCCUCUUUACGGCAAUUUCGCAGAGAUACUCAGAACUGAAGAUAACGCAAUAAAUUGGUGUCAAGAAGUGAAAAUAAUGCAGCCAAACAUUUGUGAUAUAUGCCAUAAACCAUGCCUCUCUUAUUGAAAUGGAGGAUCUAUGUUUCUACGUUGUACUUUAUGCAAUUUAAGUUUUUCAAUUCGAAGAAGAUCCAUAUUUUCCCAAUCAAGACUCUCAAUAAGCAAGAUGGUUAGGUUAAUUUUCCAUUGCUUCGUCCGAGAAUAG